AUGCGGAAUACUAAGCUUACCGCCUGUGGCAAUCCACAUAACGCUUUCAGUACCCGACCGGACGUCGAGAUAACCGGCAGGAUCGAACCUAUCCGGAAAAGACCAACCGGGAAUUCCGUGAGACCCGUCGUCCUGACUAAUCGACCGCCGGGGAAGGCGACCGUCCGUACGGACCUUAAGGCAAUCCGCAGGAUAGAUCUAGAUAUCAGAAUCAAAGCCGGGACCGGGAUCGGUACUAGAACCGUAACCGAUAUCAGAACCGUAAUCGAUAUCAAAAUCGUAAUCGUUAUCAAAACCGUUAGCGGUCACACCUCGUGGAACAAUAGGACGAAGACGAAUCUCCGGAUACGGAUGACUCUUCACCGCACCAAGAGUUCUAUAGCCUAG